AGGUCAGGGGUGGGGCCCUGUGUCCUAGUCGUCCUCCUGGGGUUCGCGUUUCUCCGCCAACCCGGACUGCUUGAGAGAGCCGGGGAGGGUUCAGGGCGUGCCUAAACGGCUACCCCGCCCCGGGCUCGUCCCUCUCAUUAGACUUUGGCUGUCUGGGCAUUUUAUUCUUGGGUUCCUGGAAAGAUUCCUGCCACUGCAUUUGUGGCUCCGACGGAAGGCCAGUCUUGGGAGCCAGGGGAAGGACAGCGCCAGCAGGCUCGGCUGGCAGGACAGCAGGCACCCUAGGAACGGCCGGUUCGAUGUUUGUUUGCUACUAAUGGGUGUGAGCAAAUUAGAUAUUCUAUACCGGAGACUUCUCCUCACAAAACUUUUUAUCAGAGGAUGGGGGAGGCCAGAAGAUCUCAAAAGACUCUUCGAAUUCAGAAAGAUGAUUGGAAAUCGAGAAAGAUGUCAGAAUCUGGUUUCAAGUGAUUAUCCAGUACACAUUGAUAAGAUUGAAGAGCAAUCAGACUGUAAGAUCCUAGAUGGACACUUUGUUUCCCCCAUGGCCCACUAUGUGCCUGAUAUAAUGCCAAUGGAAUCUGUUAUUGCAAGGUUCCAACUUAUUGUUCCUAAAGAAUGGAACAGCAAAUAUAAACCUGUAUGCAUUCAUCUUGCUGGAACAGGAGAUCAUCAUUACUGGAGACGACGAACACUAAUGGCUCGUCCUAUGAUUAAAGAAGCCCGAAUGGCUUCUUUGUUGUUAGAAAACCCUUAUUAUGGCUGCAGGAAACCCAAGGACCAAAUAAGGUCCAGCUUAAAAAACGUGUCUGACCUUUUUGUGAUGGGAGGAGCUCUUGUUUUAGAAUCUGCUGCUCUCUUGCACUGGCUAGAGAGAGAGGGUUAUGGACCUCUAGGAAUGACCGGAAUAUCCAUGGGAGGACAUAUGGCUUCCUUAGCGGUAUCCAACUGGCCUAAGCCCAUGCCAUUGAUUCCAUGUCUGUCUUGGUCCACAGCAUCUGGGGUCUUCACUACGGGUGUUCUAAGUAAAUCGAUUAAUUGGAGGGAGCUGGAAAAGCAGUAUUAUACACAGACAGUUUAUGAAGAAGAAAUUAUUCACAUGCUUGAAUACUGUGGAACAGAUUCUUUCAAAAUGGGACAAGAGUUUGUGAAACGCUUCCCUAUCAGUGCAGACAAGCUAACUAACCUUAAUGUGGUUUCUGGAACUUUAAAUUUAGAUAUGACAAACCAAGUUGUAUCCCCAAAACCUAGUGAGUGCCAUAAAUCUAGUAAAACAUCUGUCAGUGCCACAUCAGAAAGACUCUUACUGCAAGAUACCUCUAAGAUGGAGUGCUUCAAUCAAACGCUUUCAACCAACAAAAGUAAUUACACGAGUUGCAAUCCUCAGUCAUACCAUCUACUCAGUAAAGAACACAGAAGAAACAAUCUUCAGAAAGAGUCUUUAAUAUUCAUGAAAGGAGUCAUGGAUGAAUGUACUCAUGUGGGAAAUUUCUCAGUUCCAGUUGACCCAAGCCUCAUUAUAGUGGUUCAAGCCAAAGAAGAUGCUUAUAUUCCACGAACAGGAGUUCGAAGUCUACAAGAAAUUUGGCCUGGUUGUGAAAUCCGUUAUCUAGAGGGGGGUCAUAUUAGUGCUUACCUUUUUAAACAAGGACUCUUCAGACAAGCCAUCUAUGAUGCAUUUGAACGCUUCCUCCAUAAAUAUGCUAACUAAUUGGAUCGCUCUAUGUAACCAGAAUGGCCAUCAUGUUUCCUACAAAAGGAGUUUUUCAUCUUUUGAUGAUAAGAAUAAGCAGACAGCACUAUAUAUCUAACUACUAUCAGUUUAGUCUGGAAUUCAUUGUUAUAUCAGUCAACAGUGAUCUUUAAAUACAUGUGAAUAAUUUUAAACCAAUAUUUGGAUGAAGCAAUGUUGAAGUAUUUUGUUACUGUUUUGUGGGAACCCCAUAUAUGCAAUAUUUUGUCUGUUGUUACUAUUUAUGAAAACCUUAAAUUUUAAUUGUGAAUAAUUUAUUAAUUAAAAUAAAUUUAUUCAUAGAAACCUUAUUGGUUUUUAAGAACUGCUAAAUCAAGCUAAGUUUGUAAUACAUCAGCAUGUAUUGUAUACUUAAAUGAUAGUUCUGCUCUUGAUUUGAGAACAUGUUUCUUUCUUAUCUUCAACUUUAAUUUCUGCCAUGGAAAUAUUUAAUGAUGUAUAAAAUCAGUGUUAACUUUUAAUUCUUAAAAAAGUCCUGAUUGCUUCAUAUUUAGGUAGUUUUAAUAAUUAAAACAAAUGUAGGAAUGCAGGUAAGAUGCAUAUGACUUGGCUGAACUUUAAAACUUUACCAAAUAUGAGGUUAGAAAAUGAUGCCAAAUGUAUGUCCCCUACUUAAGAAGUUUCAAUUCAUGAAAAAUGGAAAUGAUGAAAGACCUAUUGCAUUACUUGAUACUGUGUCUUAACAUUUUCUUACAUACUGUGGGUUUGCUAAACAUCCAACUUUAGUCAGAUAUACUUGAUAGCUUUGGCUUUUUAAUUUCAGAAAUUAAAGACCACAAAUGAAAUUGAUUUGUUCCAUAUAACUUCAUUUUACAGAAAAGAUAUAAUAACUGCUAACUUUUUUAAGUGGAAGGUUAUAUGAUUAGAUUUGGUGCUUUUUAUGUUAAACUUCUCAAGCUAAGAUUUAAAAUGUUUGAAAAAAGUAGAAUAUAUUUUUGGGAAUUGUAUCAAGGUUUGGAAUAAAUGUAUUUGCAUUUUAUUUGUUUGAAAUCUGUGUUGUCUAUGGAUUAUUUUAAAAUAUGUAUUCUUGGUCUAGCAAGGAUAUUUGAAUUAUAAUGUGCCUUCAUAGUCUUUUAGAAGAAUUUAUUUAUUACUAAUAUCUCCAUCAGUUUAGCUAUUAAAAAACUAUUUUAAAAAUUCAUUAAUGUGAAGUCAUUGAUGGUAUACAAAACUGUAAAUUCUGUAAAACUGCUUUGGCAUAGCAAACCAAAUCAAUUUGGUUACAGCCAUUUGGCCUAUAGCCAUUUUAUAUCUUCAGACUAGAACCUUUACUUUUAACUGAAGUAUAAAAUGUACUAAAAUUCUUAAACAAAAUACCCUUUAAAGAUAAAAUAAGACUUAUUGUCAAAUGAAUUACAAGAAUUUUCUUAGUAUAUAGGAGGCAAUAUGAUUGAAUGCUUUCUGAAUUAUACCUUAGUAAAACCAACAUUUAUUUUUUUACCUAAAUAUUUCUUACUAAGCAAUAAUGUACUGUGGUAUAGGACUUUCUGUUAGUAAAAGAAUGAAAUGUUAUUUAAUUUCAAUUAACUUUUAGGCAUAACUAGUUUUUCCCAAAUAAAUGUGAAAGGAAGUUUUAAAAAUUUCAUCUCUUAACCAGAUGUUUUAAUGAACAUUAUCCACACAACUUCCUAAAUUGAUCAAGGUGCAACGUACCUUUUCUUAAAAAUUUUAAAUCCACUUAUCCCAAAAUAGUGAUUCAAGCUUUAUAUAUACACAUUUAUAUGUCUAUAUAUAGUGUAAGGUGUAUAUAUAUAUAUAUAUAUAUAUAUAUAAUAACAUGUUAUAUAUAGAGAGAGACAACAUACAUAUUUUAAAAAGUGCUGUCUGCCAUUUUGAGAAUUGGGUACAUAAACUGCUAAAAAUUCAUUCAGGCCGCAGUUGUAAACUUGCAGUCAAUACCAGCCAGCGUGGCCCACAGCUGUUUAUUCAGUAUGCAUAAUACUUCAAAAUUGUUUGAAUUUGAAGUCUUUCAACUGGGCAUGCAUUUCUAGUUUGCCACAGUCUGCUAGACUCUCUCUUUCAUCAGACUGCUUCACUACUUUGUGUUUCCUACUUAGCCCUGAACACAUCUGAGUUUGAGACCCCUGAUUUAGAUCUGUGGUUACAAAAGUUUCUGAAUUUCAUGAUUUGCUAAUGUUGUAUUUACUAUUAUUUUAACAUGUGAAUUUUAGAUUGUUAUGAAUGUAAUUUUUUAAUGUGGUGCUUUCUCUCCUAAAGAUUAUUGAAUUAACACUGUAACUGGAAAGUUUUCAAAUCAUUUUCAAGUAUUUUAUACUUCACAAUAAAAGUCUAUUUAAAAAGUUAA